CACUUUCGAUCCCUUUUGAUAAGCAAAGGCAGAUGAAGUGAUAGCAAUGGAGCUCGACGGCGUUGGGCGGCUGCCCCGCCCGUCGGAUCUUUCGCCGCCGCUGCUUCAUUUUCUCAACGAUCAGUUUAAGACGUCGGAUGAUCUCUCUAGAUUCCCCAACGUCGAGUUGGAGAUCCGGAACCGGUGCUCCAAUCUUGAGGCCGCUCUGUCCGAUCUUAGCCGCCGGCUUUCAGAAUGCCUUACAGUCUACGCAGCACAAUCUAACGAUGUCGGUGGUCUCUUUAGAGUUAGAGAGGCUCUGGUCGAUCUACGGUCUCGCCUGGGGGUUUCUUCUGGAGAAGAAGAGGGAGGUGUGGAGAUGCGGAGAGGCGAGCAGAUAUUGGGGGAGGAACUGCGGGCCCUCGCUAGAGAGGUGGCAAGGGUGGAGGCAGUCCGGGCUUAUGCAGAAACGGCGUUAAAGCUUGACAGUCUAGUGGGUGAUGUUGAAGAUGCAGUUUCUUCUUCCGUCAUCGGAAAGUUGAAAUCGCCUAGGCGAGCUAAUUCAGAGGAAACUCACCAGAAAGCUAUAAACUCUCUGAAACAGAUAGAGGACAUCUUAUCAUUCAUCACCAAAGCAAGGCCUCGGUGGGCUCGCCUGGUCUCAGCCGUAGAUCACCGGAUUGACAAAGCUCUGGCCAUUCUUCGGCCCCAGGCUAUUGCAGACCAUCGGUCUCUUCUUUCAUCUCUUGGGUGGCCACCACCACUUUCUGGUUCUAGUUUUUCAGGCCAAAGGUCUGGAAAAUCACCAGAGUUUUCCAAUCCUCUCCUGACAAUGGAGGGAGAACUGAAGGGCAAGUAUUGUGUAAGUUUCCUUUCUCUCUGUGAUUUACAGGAGCUGCAAUUUCGUAGAAAGGUUCGUCAACUCGAGGGCUAUGAUGUAGUGAUAGACCUCCACCAACCACUUUGGGUCAUAGAGGAACUAGUUAAUCCAAUCUCACUGGCAUCUCAGGCUCAUUUUUCCAAGUGGGUAGAAAAGCCUGAGUUUAUUUUUGCUCUCGUUUUCAAGAUCACGAGGGAUUUCGUCGAUUCCAUGGAUGAUAUAUUGCAACCUUGGGUGGACAAAGCGAGGCUUGUCGGGUACAGCUGCCGGGAAGAGUGGAUUUCUGCAAUGGUAACCGCCCUUUCCACUUACUUGGCUAAAGAAAUCUUUCCCAAAUAUACUGAGAACAUAGAGUCUGAAAGCUUGAGAUCUUCAUGGCUUCAACUGAUAGAUCUGAUGAUAUCUUUUGAUAAGAGAAUGCAGUCUCUACUAGCAAACUCAGGCUUACCGAUCUCCCUAUUGGAAGGCGAGAACCAGCGGAGCACCUCAGCUCUAUCCGUAUUCUGCGACCGCCCCGAUUGGCUCGACAUAUGGGUGGAAAUAGAACUGUUCGAGAUGUUAGAGCGGCUCAAAUCAGCACUGCAAAGUGAGAAGAACUGGAAAACGAAGCUUCAGGGCAUGGUUUCGAUCUCAGGCACUCAGGAUUAUAAGUCUCCCGUAGUCUCCAGUAUUUUUCUCCAAUGUCUCUCGCUUCUUAUUGAUCGAGCGAAGUCUCUCCCAACCAUUUCGCUGAGAUCGAAGUUCAUAAAAUUAACUGGAUCACCCAUUAUCCAAGAAUUUAUAGAUUGCUUACUAAGAAGGUGCCAGGAAUCAGAGGGUCUCACCGCUUUGGCUGAUGACGAUGCGAUGAUAAAUGUUUCGUACUCCAUCAAUGCAGCCCGGUAUUGUGAAUCAACAUUAACGGAAUGGUGCGAGGAUUUAUUUUUUCUCGAGAUUGAAACUGCUGAAGGUGGCGGCAUUUUUGAGGAGGUCAAAGCGAUGAAAGAUUUCCAAGAUGAAUGGUCCGAGAAGAUCUCCACGGUCCUAUUAAGAGGAUUCGACGCGCGGUGUAGAGACUACUUAAAGAAUAAGAAGCAGUGGCAAGAGAAGAGCGACGAAAGUCGAGUCGGCCUCAAGGCCCUUAUUACGGCUCUAGACUAUCUUCAGGAUAAAAUUUCGAAGCUUGAAGGAGCAUUGAAUGUUGUCGACUUCACCGAGACUUGGCGUAGAGUGGCCUCCGGCGUAGAUCAGAUACUCUUCAAUGGAGUUAUUGCAGGCAAUACGAAGUUUUCCGAAGCCGGUGUUCGAAAGUUUGAAGGUGAUAUAGAUGUAUUGUUUGGUGUUUUCUCAGCUUGGUGUUUGAGACCUGGGGGCUUUUUCCCUAGGCUGAGUGAGGGUCUGAGGCUUUUGAAAAUGGAGGAGAAGGAACUCGGGCAUGAAUUGGUGAAGGGGAAGGAGAAGUGGUUAAAAGAGAAGAGUAUAAGAAAUCUAACUUUAUUAGAGGUAGAGAAGCUUGGGAAGAAUAGAAUUUUUUGAGGCAUGUCAUUUAUUUCUAUUUUUUGGGCCAUUUACAUCCAUAGCAUAUCUACAUAUCUCACAGCUAAACUUUCACAAUUACAAAUAUCACUCGAAUCGUUAGUAUCACAUUAAAAAUAGCAACUUUUUUAAAAAUAAAACACACAUUUUAAUACCUCAAGUUUAAAGCACCAAAUUGCUAUGUAAACACGAAAGUUUAGCUGUGAGAUGUAAAAAUAUAAAAAUUGUAUAUGAAGUUUGUGCUCCGCAAUGGUUGCUCGCUCCUCAUCUUCUCUCACCAAAUCUAAUGUCUUACUUUCUUAAUUCUUUAACAGAAAAUAAAGAAUAACAAUAAUUUAUCUUGAUUUUUUCUUAAUGAUGUUUUAUAUGCCCAGUUGCUGUUUGGGCUAACAUGUAAUUGAUAUUUGCUCUUUGGUUCUUGCUGCUUUUGGGCCUGUUUCCGAGUCAGGAGGAAGUCUGACAAGGAAGAAAUGGCAGAGAAAUUUUCUUCUGAAGAGGAAUUUUCCUCUUUACGAGGGUUGAAAUUGUAAUAUUUAU